AUGGCCUCUGAAGCUGGACCGUAUCCGAAUUCCCCACGACUGGGGCAGACGGAGAUAAAUGACCUUGUGCGGCGGUUGUACCAUCAACAGAUGGAUCGUGCUGCAAGGCGGGAGGAGGAGCGACGCCGCGAGCUCUCCAAGUCGUGCGCUCCACCACGUUACAUCAAACGGGAAGAGGAGGGGGACCUCGUGCGCCGCAUUUACGAUCAGCAGCUGGAGCGGUUUCGGCAGAGCAAGGAGGAGCGGGAGCGACGGAUUUACGAAGAGACGCACCGCUGCGACAAGAAGUUGCCGGAGUCGGAGAUACAGGAGCAGGUGGACCGCAUCUACGGGCAGGAGCUCGCCAAGAGCAAGGCCCGGCGUGAAGAACUGUACAAACGAUACCUGCCGGAGAUGGAGCCGAAGAAGGUCAGCAAGGCCAAGCUCAAGGAGAGUGUGGAGCGACUCUCGCAUGUGGACUACGCCAAGAGGGAUGAGGAGCUGUUCAAGAAGCAUGUGUACCCGUACGACCCGCCAACAGUGAAGAUAUCACGAGAUGACGUGGAGGCGAUGGCCAACCGCCUCUCAACGAGAGGGGGCUCGUAG